AUGAUAUCCCCGAGUUUCUUAUUUAAAUUAGCAGGACUUCCUCCUGUAGUCCUAAAAACUGUAUUGCAGUAUUAUACUGUUGGAACAAUCUAUUCCAAUACCAAUCAAGAGUUUGAAAAUUCAUUAUACAAGAACAUAUUAUUAUCCGUUGAAGCUCAUGUAAUAGGUAACUAUAAUAAAAAUGAUAUGAGAAUAGUGACUUACGAACCUAUUGAAAAGGUUAUCAAGAAGUUUAGAUCAAACCCAAUGAUAUCCCAACUACGCAAUUUUGGUAAAGAAUUUGAUGAUCAUAGUUAUUGGGUUCAUCAAGCAGAUAAUGAUACCUUGAAAGAAAAGGGUAAGGUUUUAGUAUAUUUACAUGGUGGAGGAUAUUUAUUCAAUAUGUUUGAUUCUCAAUUUAGUUUCAUAUCUGCAUUACACUAUGCUUUAGAUAAUACGACCAGCGAAAAGCUUUCAAUCUUAGUGGUUGAUUAUUCAUUGACUAUGUUUGAUCAUGUAUAUCCUACACAAAUUCAUGAAACUUUAACGACAUAUUAUAAUUUGGUUCAAAGUGGAUAUGAUAGUAUUCAUUUAAUUGGUGAUUCUGCAGGUUCUCAUUUAGCCUUGACAGUAGCGAGAUGUUUAGCAUAUCCUCAAGAAACAAGAACUCAUUUUUCACAUUUCCCUCAAUUCCCAUUAAGUUUUCCUCUUGAAUCAUUGCCUCAACCCAGUUCAUUAAUCCUAAUUUCUCCAUGGCCCGAACCUUGCACAUUACCAAAACUUCCACCUAGACAUGGGAUAAAUACAUUAGGAGAUUUGGUCUCCAAACACGAUGUUUCUUUGGGAAAUUUCUAUCUUGGAGAAAACGAUGAGGAAUUGAUUAAUGACUAUUUAACAUUCACAAAUACCGACUUUGACACCCAUUGGGCAGAAGUAGAACCUAUCAAUAAUGGUAAGACACUUAUCCUUGUUGGUGAAAGAGAAGUAUUGAGAGAUGGAGUUGAAGAUUUCUAUCAUAUUAUUAACAAGAAUGGGAAAGUGCAAUAUCAUGUUGAAAAGGGUGGGAUUCAUGCUGGAUUGGUAUAUGUUGAAAGUUUGGAUUAUUUAAGUUGUCGCGGUGGAAAGAGGGCUGUCAAUGGAGAUUUUGAAAAUAAGUUUGGGUUUAAUUUAGUUGCAAAAUUCCUAAAUCAAAUCGUUUAA